UCUGAACGUGAACAGGUAUCCCCCUGCCAACUACGACCAGGUGCACUUACACCCCCACCUGUUCCCAGAGCAGCCCCGCGUUUCCCCCAGCACCUACAGCCCGUCGGGAGGAGUUGGGUUUCCUCCAGCCCAGCAAGCUCUGAAAGUCCCACAGCUUGACCAGUACCCCAGUUUCCCUCAAAACGCACAUCAGCAGCAGCAGCAGCAGCACUACACUGCGUCGGCACUACAGCAAGCACUGUUGUCCCCAACGCCCCCCGACUACAGCCGCCACCAGCAGGUACCCGCCUCGGUGCCGCCCCACGGGUACGUGCACCAGCCAGCCCUGUUCCACUCGGAGAGCAUGGAGGAGGACUGCGCCUGCGAGGGGGCCAGGGACAGCUUUCCAGACAGUAAGAGUUCAAACACAUUGACCAAAGGUUGCCACGAGACCCCUCUGCUUGUGAAUGCAGGAGGGCACGGGGACCCCGAAUCUUUACUAGGAACUGCUAAUCAUGCCCAGGAGUUGGGGACGCACCAGUACAGACAUCAGCCCGCUGCUGGAUUCAGUAGGAAUAAGGUGCCCAGCAGAGAGUCCAUCGUAGGGAACUGUAUGGACAGGAGUUCCCCAGGCCAAGCCAUGCAGGUGCCUGACCACAACGGGCUGGGCUACCCCGUGCGACCUGCCUCCAGCGAGCACCCACGGCCCAGGACCCUGCAGAGACAUCACACCAUUCAGAACAGCGACGAUGCCUACGUGCAGUUGGAUAACUUGCCUGGAAUGAGCCUGAUGGCAGGAAAAGCGCUGAGCUCCGCUCGGAUGUCCGACGCUGUCCUCAGCCAGUCGUCGCUGAUGGCCAGUCAGCAGCUGCGCGACCGGGAGGGUGAGGAAUGCGGGGAGAGUUUGGAAGGUCAAGAGCAUCCCAACCUGGGUGAUGGCAGCCAGCAUCUAAACCCCUCCUGUUCCCCGUCGACGUGUAUUACAGACGUGCUACUGAGCUACAAGCACCCGGAGGUGCCCUUCGGGAUGGAGCAGGCAGGGGUGUAA